AGAGGACCACGACCGCGACCCAACCAACUAGUCGAGGGCCGAGGCGUGAUUACGGGAUUCAGAGAAAUGGUGUCCCCCGAGUCUCAGGCGACCAUGGCCAAGCACGGCCUCCUCCGCAACAGGGCCUCCCUCUGCUUCGGCGACGGCUGCCUCUUCCUCGGCGGCGUCCUCAUGGCCCUCCUCCUCGUCUGGUCCUUCUCCUCCUUCUCCUUACCCCCCGCCACCCCCUCCCAGACCCUCGCCGCCUCCUCCUCCUCCUCCUCCGAGGCCCUGCCGGAAUGCGCCUCCGCCGCGACGCCGCCCCACCAGGACUCGGAGGAGAGCGGCAACUUCUACGACGACCCGGAGCUGAGCUACUCGUUCGGGAGGCCGGUGAGGGGCUGGGACGAGAAGCGGCUGGAGUGGCUGCGGCAGCACCCGUCGCUGGCGGCGGCCUCCUCCUCCGGCGGACGCGAGCGGGUCCUGCUGGUGACGGGGUCGCAGCCGGCGCCAUGCAAGAACAAGAUCGGCGACCACCUCCUCCUCCGCUUCUUCAAGAACAAGGUGGACUACUGCCGCCUCCACGGCUGCGACGUCUUCUACAACAACGCCCUCCUGCAGCCCCGGAUGUUCUCCUACUGGGCCAAGUACCCCGUCGUCCGCGCCGCCAUGGUCGCCCACCCGGAGGCCGAGUGGAUCUGGUGGGUCGACUCCGAUGCCCUCUUCAGCGACAUGGACUUCGAGCUCCCCCUCGAUCGGUACAAGGGCCACAACCUCGUCGUCCACGGUUGGCAACACCUGAUCUACGAGAAGAAGAGCUGGACGAGCAUCAACGCCGGCGUGUUCCUCAUCCGGAACUGCCAGUGGUCGAUGGACUUCAUGGACGUGUGGGCCGGGAUGGGCCCGCAGAGCCCGGAGUACGAGCGGUGGGGCCACGUCCUCCGCUCCACCUUGGCCGACAAGUUAUUCCCGGAGUCGGACGACCAGUCCGCGCUGGUCUACCUGCUGUUGACGCACAAGGACCGGUACGGCGACAAGAUCUACGUCGAGAGCGAGUACUACUUCGAGGGCUACUGGGAGGAGAUCGUGGGCACGCUGCCCAACAUCACCCGCGAGCACCACGACCUGGAGCGGCGGGGACCCCAGGCGCUGCGGCGGAGGCACGCGGAGAAGGCGAGCCGAUACUACGCGGCGCGGCGGGCGGAGGCCGAGGCGGAGGCGGCGCGGAGGCGGAGGCCGUUCGUGACCCACUUCACCGGGUGCCAGCCGUGCAGCGGGGACCACAACCAGAUGUACUCCGGCGAGUCGUGCUGGGACGGGAUGGUGAAGGCGCUGAACUUCGCGGACAACCAGGUACUCCGCCGGUACGGGUACGUCCGCCCGGAUCUCAUGGACUCCGACGCCGUGAAGCCCGUCCCGUUCGGUUAACCGGCACGCGGCGGCGGCGGCGGCGGCGGCG